CAAUCUUGGCCAAUAGAAUUAAAAGAAGAAAAACCAAACACUGGCUUUGCAUAAUUUGUCGCGGCAUCCGAAUUAAACAAUAAAUCGCACACCAAAUCAUGUUUGCUUGUAAAAUUGUCUCCUUGGGUAUUAAAUCGUCCGCCGGCCAGUUAAAAUGUCUGUGUACGAUUUCGCGAUGUUUGCUAAGCUCGUUCGACGACCUUACUUCGCAGCAGCGGUUAAAAGUGCUCGGAACGUUAAACGAGGCGACGGCGCAAGAAUUAGAGGCUUUCGAUGUGCCGAAAACGAUAAUCCGCGACAUCAUAGACGAAAGAAAGACGAACGGAGUUUACCGAUCUCUGGACCGAAUUUUAAAAAUAGACGGUUCAGGCGAAAAUUGGCUCCGCAAAAUGUGCAAAAGUCUCACCGACGUUGCAACAAAGCCAUCGCGAACGAAAAACGCAAAAAACUUCCUUACUCCGACGCUUCCGAACAUUGAAUUGCGAGAUGCCGUCGCUAUCCAUUUAAAAACUCCUGGUGUGAGUUGGGCCAAGCUGUCUUAUCCAGACAACACUCUGACUGAGUGGAACCAUGAGAACUUCACUUUCCUGCCAUUGAAAAUGUCACCUGUUGAAACGUUCAAUCAGACAAUUGGCAUAUUGAAAAAGAUCCCUCCGGCGGACGUGUAUGUAUUUGAGCAGCGGCUAUCACCUGGGCCACGUGGUUCCCGACAGCCUGCGAUGGUUUCCGCUUACACGCAACAAGGUGAGCUGCUGUCAAUGUUGGUCGCCCUGCUAAACACUAGCAUUAAUCACAACGCCUCUCUGAGAAACGGCAAAAUGGAUAGCAAGAACAAUAUCGAGAAUAGGGUAUUUUUCUUGAAAUCGACACUGGCGCCAAGAUUAUUUAGGACCUUAAUUGGCGGAGAACGCGUGUCCGCAUUAGAGGUGCUUAAGGAGUUUCUAGAGGGUGACGGAUCCAAGCAUCCCCAGAUCCCCUGUACCCAGAUCAAAGUCAAUGCUCGGUUAAAAACGGAGUUCAACUCCAAAUCGGCAGUUGAUAAGGAGCUGUUAGGUCAGGCACUCAUGCUGGCGGUUGCCUUUAUGGAGUUUUGUGUUUACAAGAACAGGGCCAGCAUUGAGGCGCUCGCGUCAAGCAGAUAAAACAAAUAAAUUUGGGAUUUUUCCGUGAAAAUUAAUGACAAGAACCUACAUAAUGUGAUUGAUGUCUUUUAAGUUCAAGCACUAAAUAAAAUUGUUUUGAAAAUAAAACUGGACAUU